CUGUAGAACAGCAACACCAAGGCUUCCCCAUGAACAACCGGAAGGAAGACAUGGAAAUCACGUCCCACUACCGUCACCUGCUCCGCGAGCUCAACGAGCAGAGGCAGCACGGCGUCCUGUGUGACGUCUGUGUCGUGGUCGAGGGCAAGGUCUUCAAGGCGCACAAGAACGUCCUGCUCGGCAGCAGCCGCUACUUUAAGACGCUUUACUGCCAGGUGCAGAAGGCGUCCGACCAGGCCACGGUCACACACCUGGACAUCGUCACGGCCCAGGGCUUCAAGGCCAUCAUUGACUUCAUGUACUCUGCCCACCUGGCCCUCACGAGCAGGAAUGUCAUCGAGGUGAUGUCCGCGGCCAGCUUCCUGCAGAUGACGGACAUCGUGCAGGCCUGUCACGACUUCAUCAAGGCAGCGCUGGACAUCAGCAUCAAGCCAGAUGCCUCGGACGAGCUUUCGGAGUUUGAGAUUAGCGCCCCUCCCGGCAGCAGCACGGAUGCGCUGAUCUCGGCUGUGAUGGCCGGAAGGAGCAUCUCCCCGUGGUUGGCUCGGCGCAUGAGUCCUGCCAAUUCUUCCGGAGACUCGGCCAUCACCAGCUGCCACGAGGGAGGAAGCAGCUACGGGAAGGAGGACCAGGAGCCCAAGGCCGACGGUCCCGAGGACAUUUCCUCGCAGUCGCUGUGGCCUGGGGAUGUGGGCUACGGGUCUCUGCGGGUCAAGGAAGAGCAGAUCUCGCCGUCUCAUUACGGAGGGAGUGAGCUGCCUUCCGCCAGGGAUGGUGUGAUACAGAACUCUUUCUCAGAGCAGGCUGGAGGCGAUGGCUGGCAGCCCACAGGUCGAAGGAAGAAUCGGAAGAACAAAGAGACAGUCCGGCAUAUCACACAGCAGGUGGAGGACGAUAGCCGGGCCGGCUCCCCGGUGGCCUCCUUCCUUCCGACGUCUGGGUGGCCAUUCAGCAGCCGAGACUCAAACGAGUGGAUAACAAAGUAG